UUGGACUGGGGAGCCUAUCUGUUACGGAGUAAAUGCCUGAUCUGCCAGGCUGGUCUUGCAACUCGGCUCCUUGUUUCGGUUUUGCCCUCAGAGAGAUGGGGAGCCAGAUUUCGAGUCUCCGCGGAGGCCGCUGGCCAUGAAAGGCAGGCAUUCGGCAGGGAGCUCAGCACCUGCCGUUGCACAGGAACCGCUUGGCGCGGGGGGCUCUCCGCCUGGAUGUGGCCUCUGAAACAUGCUGGGAUCUUCCUAACCAACCCACAAUCUUCCGAUUCUGUCAUCGUGGCUCUUCAGGAACUCACUCUGCUCUCCUUCACACACACUUUUAGUUAUUGCCUUUAUGACAGGUACCUGAUGCUGCCCAUGCAUGUUUUCACUCAAAUUACUGUUUCUUCUGGAACACACCAAAUGUUUAUUUCCUACAACUGUUCAUUUUCUACUCCAGUCAAAGUUUUGAGAAUCUAGUAUUAUUUUCCAAGAUCCAUGCUUUGCUUAUGAUCACCUUUUUUGUUUCAGUAUUUUCUUGACAAAUGGAAGAAGCUCAUUGGGGAAUGCUGAUUUUAUCAAUCUCGUGACCUCCAGUCUCAUGAUCCUGAUUCCUCUUUCACAUCUGUGUCUGUAACCUGGAGGACUGAGUACCAAAGUAAAGAUCCAUUAGUAUCUGCUGCCUUCCAGAUGUUUGGGUUCACAACUUCUGGAAACCCUUAUCAUUGGCCUUGUUGGCUGGGGCUGCUGGGAAUUGAUCUUCAUUAGAAAUGUGGAUUUUUGUAAAAGUUCAUUGCUAUGGACAGUGCUAUCACCUUGUGGCAGUUCCUUUUGCAACUUCUUCAGGAAUCUCAGAAUAAGGAUAUUAUCUGCUGGACCUCCAAUGAUGGAGAAUUCAAACUUUUGCAGGCAGAAGAGGUGGCCCGUCUUUGGGGGAUCCGUAAAAACAAGCCCAGCAUGAACUAUGACAAACUCAGUCGUGCACUCAGAUAUUAUUACGUAAAGAACAUCAUCAAAAAAGUUAAUGGUCAAAAGUUUGUUUACAAGUUUGUAUCUUACCCAGAGAUUUUGAAUAUGGAUCCGCUGGUUGUUGGCAGUAUUGAGGGUGAGGCUGAGGCACAGGCUGGCUUUGUUGAUACUAGCAACACUACAAAGGACAUUGAGACUUACGGGAAAGAGAAGCAUCAGGCCUGUGCAAAAUCCUCCAGUCGCAAUGACUAUAUCCACUCAGGCCUAUAUUCUUCAUUUACUUUGAACUCUCUUAAUUCCUCCUCUUGUGCAAAACUGUUUAAGCCAAUUAAGAUGGAGAAUUCAGCUGAGAAACUGGCAGAGAAAAGAACUUCUCAGGAUCCGACACCUUCAGUCAUAAAAUUUGUGACCAUGUCCUCCAAAAGGCCUUCAAUAUCUCCCCUUGCCUCGACUAUUCAACUGACUUCUACUAUCUCUGCUGCCUCUGUCCUAUCUUCAGGUUCAGAUGAAAGUCUCCAGGCUUUGGAAUCUUUAGUAACACCUAAAGGGGCAACCACUGAAAGUUCAGCAUCUUUGCCAGGCUUGACCUCUAAUUGUAACUCUACAUCUCCUGCAACCUCCACAUCUCCUAGUCUCCAGGUUCCACCCAAAUCUCCCUUGCCACCGUUAAGCUCUAAUUCUGAUCUGGUUAUAGACACAGAAACAGAGUCUGUAGUUUGCCAGCAGCUAGAGCACUCUCAGAAUCAAGCCUCAGAGGUUAAAGAGCAGGGUUCCUCCAUGUUUGAAAAGGAUCUUCGUCAUAGCAGAACUAGAAAGCCCAAAGGGCUGGAGAUUACUCCCACUCUGGUUAUUACUGGCAGUGACCCCAGUCCACUGGGAAUACUAAGCCCAUCUCUACCAACUGCUUCUCUUACACCAGCACUUUUUUCACAGACACCUAUUUUACUGACGCCAAGCCCCUUGCUCUCCAGUAUCCAUUUUUGGAGUACUCUCAGCCCAGUUGCUCCCCUCAGUCCAGCAAGAUUACAAGGUGCUAAUACCCUCUUCCAGUUUCCAUCAGUGCUGAAUACCCACGGACCAUUUACUGUAUCAGGAAUGGACGGGCCUUCCACUCCUGGCCCUUUCUCCCCAGAUUUACAGAAGACUUAGUGUAUGGCUUUUGGGAAAUGGACAGCUUGGAGUAACAAGAGAAAAAGGUUUCAUUAAAAAUGCUGCAACCCAAGUUUUAAAGAGCAGUUUUUAAUUCCAUGGAGACAAUUUAAACUGACUUGGUUUUUGCUAUUCCUGGUUCAGAUGCCUUUGCAAAAUCCUCUUUAAGACAUAUGAGAAUUCAUUAGGAAGUGCCUUAAUUGUGGAGACGCUUCUCCAGAGUUUCUCUCCCCCCCUGCUCCUUACUGCUUCUUUUGACUGAAGAAAGCUUCUUUUAAUUAAAAAAAAAACAUUUUUGUAUAAUAAUUGAAUUGGUAUUGGACAGAACAUGCAACUGGUAUCAGAUAGUUUUUGACUGAUAUCCUUCAUUCCUUUGCUUUUUGUUUUUUAUGUCAAAAUAUUAAUUCAUGGAAGCUGGCAUUCCAAGAAAUGCUUGGAAAGUGAAUAAAAAAACUUAUUUUUUACAGUGGAUUCCAAUGACCUUAAGGAGAAGCUUUAACACUGCAUUUUACAGUAGUGUAGAAGAGAGUUGAGGAAAAUUUUAAGAGUGGUUGCUAUGGAUAAGGAAACUCUUUUUCCUUUGGCAAAAAUGCCAGUUCAUCUAUCACAUAAUAGUGUGGUAUUUUGUAUGUUUGAAUGGUAUAGAUAUGCAUAGAUCAUGGGUUGAAUUGCUUUGAUCUUCCAAAAAGAUUGGAAGGUUUUAAGAUUUGAUAAGCCAAGUCAAGAAAAAUAAAAGCAAAUCCCUUGUUACAUAAUAAAGAAGAAUUGAGCAGAUUGUGCUGAUUGAAGAUCCAUGCAGUGGAUUUGUUCUGGCACUGGGUUAAUAAGCAUUUAUUUGUCAUGCUGUGGGUUAUUGUUGUCUUGCUUCUUGAUAAUGUUGUACAUAGUUAUGACAUUUGGGAAGUGAAUGUUUAUAGUUUGUUCUUUUUCCCUCUCAGCAAAUGAAGAACCAAAGAAACAUGCCUUCUCUUGGCCUCUUAUAUAUUUAGGUGUUCCUUUAAAUAUAAGUGGACUGAAGUUUUGAAUGUGUCCAAGCCUCUGAAGUUAGAAGUGUGCCAUUAUUAGAAAGUACUGUGGCUAAUUAAAUGUUUGAGACUGGAGGGAGAAAGAGCAAGAUGGCACAUGUUGUUUGUAACAUGGAAGGAGUAAAAUGUGCUUCUAGCCUGUACUUAAUCUUGUGGGAAGAUAUUCAUUGAGUAACAACUUCAGCAUGAUGGUAGUUGAGACUUCUUUGUAAACUGAUGGUAACAUAAUGACAGCUUGCUGAAGUGAGAGUCUUAUUUUGGGGGCUAGAAAUGGAAGGUAUAAUGGAUAGAUCUAAACACCACUAAUAGUAGUUGUCUCUCAGCUGAAAGAAUUUCAAGAAGAUUCACCCUUUCUGCAUAACAUUUAUAUUCAGGCCCUGUUACAUUUCAGAAAGCACCUUAAAUCUUGUCGCUUUAAUAGCUUAUUAGAAAGUUGAAAUAGAUACCAGAAAAGUGUUUUAAUACUUUUUAUGUAUGGGGGUUGGCUUGGAUUGAAAAGGGCUAACAACCUGUGGGUUUUAAUUCAUAUACUUAUUCAGGCACUCUGAAAAGGCCUCAUACCAUUUCAACCUGUAUGUUGGUAUGCAAGAGUGCCUCAAGGUAAUGUAUCAAACUAAAGGAAGACUAAAGGAAGAGACAUUUGCUGAUUUAUCAGCAUUAAACUAGAUAAUGAGAGAUCCCUGUGAAUGUGUUAUACAGAAUGGUGCAAAAUUUAAGUAACUGCGCUAUCCUUGAGUGAAAAACCUUUUAAUUGGCUCGAUCUGUAGUUGGCUCCCUUGAUCAGGCAGGGAUUCGAAAGGCCUUUUGUCUUUUGUUGUACCUAAUUGAAUGUGCAAUAUUUCAUAGAUCUGCUUUCAGUAUAGGCAUGCAAAACAACACUGGCAGGUAACAAAAGUAGAUGUCCUGCAUUCUUAUACUUGCACGGCAGGCAACGUCCAAGUCAGAGCAGCACUUUUUAAGGGCAGCCAUUCUGGACUGGCUGCUGUUGGCACAUGUAUUAGAUAGAGGAGGUUUUAAAAAUGAAGUUUGACUAGAACUCUACCACGUAUAGUAACGGUGGUUAAAAUAUUUGCUCUUCAUCUCCUUUGUCACACAGACAACAGAAGGGGCUGGCGAAUUCCAACUGAAUGAGAGAAAAAAAAAUAACUGAUGGACUAAACAGCCAUUUGUCACAGAUGUUUUUACUUAGAUUCCUGCACUGCGCAGAGGGUUCGAUUUGAUGACCUAAAUCAAUGUUUCUCAAACU